AGCAUAGAGGCCAUGUGCGAUGCUAAGCACUUUCCAAAGACCAAUAGAAAAGAAUGGGUCGUUCCAUUCUUUACCUUCACCUUCUUGUUUCAUCCUUUCUUAUUUUCACUUUGUUGCUGAAUGCUGUCCAUGCCAGUAAAAAGUGCUACAUUGUAUACUUGGGAGCUCAUUCUCAUGGUCCAACCCCUUCAUCUGUUGACCUAGAAACUGCCACACAUUCUCAUUAUGAUUUUCUGGGUUCAAUCUUGGGAAGCCAUGAAAAGGCCAAAGAAGCAAUUAUUUAUUCAUAUAAUAAACACAUCAAUGGCUUUGCCGCUGAACUUGAAGAGGAAGAAGCUGCAGAUAUUGCAAAAAACCCAAACGUAAUAUCUGUGUUCUUGAGCAAAGUGCAUAAACUGCACACUACUCGUUCAUGGGAGUUUCUUGGACUGCAAAGAAAUGGCAGGAACACAGCUUGGCAAAGGGGAAGAUUUGGGGAAAAUACAAUCAUCGGUAACAUUGAUACAGGUGUUUGGCCCGAAUCCAAGAGUUUUGCCGACAACGGAAUAGGUCCUGUCCCGGCAAAAUGGCGUGGGGGCAAUGUCUGUCAAAUUAACAAACUCCGGGGUUCAAAUAAAGUUCCAUGUAACAGGAAGCUAAUUGGAGCAAGGUUCUUCAACAAAGCUUAUGAAGCAUUUAACGGUCAACUUCCCGCUUCACAACAAACAGCACGUGACUUUGUAGGGCAUGGUACUCAUACUCUAUCAACUGCUGGGGGCAAUUUUGUCCCAGAAGCGAGUGUAUUUGGCGUUGGCAAUGGCACUGCAAAGGGUGGAUCCCCAAGAGCUCGAGUUGCAGCCUACAAAGCGUGUUGGUCUCUAACCGAUGCAGCAAGUUGUUUUGGGGCGGAUGUGUUAGCCGCUAUUGAUCAAGCCAUAGAUGAUGGUGUUGAUGUUAUUUCGGUUUCUGUUGGAGGCAGAACUAGUCCUAGGGCUGAAGAAAUAUUCACUGAUGAGGUUUCCAUUGGGGCAUUCCACGCACUUGUCAAAAAUAUUCUUGUGGUUGCCUCUGCAGGGAACCUUGGACCAACGCCUGGAACUGUUAUCAAUGUGGCUCCGUGGUUAUUCACAAUUGCAGCUAGCACACUAGACAGGGACUUCAGCAGUACCUUAACUUUUGGAAACAAUCAGCAAAUUACGGGAGCGAGUCUUUUCGUAAACAUACCACCCAACCAGUCGUUUUCUUUAAUCCUUGCUACAGAUGCUAAAUUUGCCAAUGUGUCAAACCGAGACGCUCAAUUUUGUAGGGCUGGGACACUUGACCCUAGAAAAGUAAGCGGCAAAAUAGUGCAAUGCAUUCGAGAUGGAAAAAUAAAAUCAGUUGCUGAGGGUCAGGAAGCUCUAUCUGCAGGCGCCAAGGGAGUGAUUUUGGGCAAUCAAGAGCAAAAUGGGGACACACUUCUUGCCGAGCCUCAUGUUUUGUCCACUGUCAACUAUCAUCAACAACAUCAAAAAACAACGCCCUCUAGUUUUGACAUAACUGCCACGGAUGAUCCAAUAAACUCAAAUACGACACUAAGGAUGUCUCCAGCGAGAACGUUGCUUGGAAGAAAGCCAGCUCCAGUUAUGGCUUCAUUCUCAUCCAGAGGACCCAAUCCAAUUCAGCCAUCAAUACUCAAGCCUGAUGUUACCGCCCCUGGUGUGAACAUACUUGCUGCAUAUUCACUAUUUGCAAGUGCAUCGAACUUGCUAACAGACACUCGUCGUGGGUUCAAAUUCAACGUGUUGCAAGGGACUUCUAUGUCUUGCCCUCAUGUUGCUGGCAUUGCUGGACUUAUCAAAACAUUUCAUCCUGAUUGGAGUCCCGCAGCUAUUAAAUCAGCAAUCAUGACCACUGCAAGCACGAGAGAUAACACCAACAAACCGAUAGGGGAUGCGUUUGAUAAAACAUUGGCAAACCCAUUUGCUUAUGGCUCAGGACAUGUACAACCUAACUCUGCAAUAGAUCCUGGACUUAUUUAUGAUCUAAGCAUUGUUGAUUACUUGAACUUCCUAUGUGCUUCCGGAUACGACCAACAACUCAUUUCGGCACUCAAUUUCAACAGCACAUUCACUUGUUCAGGAUCUCACAGCAUAACAGACUUGAACUACCCUUCAAUCACAUUGCCAAAUCUUGGGUUAAAUGCCAUAACUGUUACUCGCACAGUCACCAAUGUUGGGCCAGCAAGUACAUAUUUUGCAAAAGCCCAAUUACGUGGAUAUAACAUCGUUGUUGUACCCAGUUCCUUGAGUUUCAAGAAAAUAGGUGAAAAGAGGACAUUCAGGGUUAUUGUACAGGCUACAAGUGUAACUAAGCGAGGAAAUUAUAGUUUUGGGGAAUUGCUAUGGACAAAUGGAAAGCACUUAGUCAGAAGUCCUAUCACGGUUCGGCGCAAAUGAAAACUUUCCUUGGAGUUAGUUGUGUUCAGGAUAUCACACCAAUGCAGAUAUGCAUGGUUCACUACUGCAAUCUCAUUUUAUCACUUGCCUGUGACCCUUUGUUAUUUCAUCUUUUUUGGUUUCUGGUUGUUUGCUUAUUAUAGUAAUUUUUGUUGUAAUAUGAUUGAUGCAUGGGGCCAAACACUGAAAGUCAGGUCAUUUUAUUCUUCAAAUUGCAAUGCAACUGAACAACAUGCUUGAAACAUUAUGAGGUGAUGGAUGAUGACAGUUUGGAGCUUUACUACUCCCCACUCUCCAGGACGAUGAUCGUGAGCCUCACUACUCAUUGCUGAUGAGAUAUUCUUGAUGAGGAUCGGAGGAGUAUUUUGGUUAUGACAAGCAUGCGCAAAAGCCUGAGUUGUGAUAGUCUGACGAAUAGUAUAGGCAUAAGACGAAAUUCUUUGCCAAUCACCCUCCAUUAUUGGUUCUGAAAAAAAUAGCGUGAUAUCUUUAAUUUAAUCUUCUCAUACA